CCUUAAGAGGGAUCUAUCAUCCAGCUCGUCACACUAGCCUGUCAUUGCCGAGGAGCCAGCAUUUUUCCGAGAAAAUCUCCAUUUCUCGUACGGCAUUCUCAAGUCAACGAACAGUAUUUAUUCUCGCUUCCAACUACCUCAUUGUCAUUGACCAUCGCCCAUGUCGGAUACUACUGACGGACUGUCUUCAGAUUUCAUACGCAGGAUCUGCGAUGAAUAUCUUAACGCGACAUUCGUCGAGUCUUUCACACAUGGGAUGUAUACCUUCAUUUUCAUCGUCGCCUUGACCAAACUUUUCUCGAAACACAACACACAGAAAUUCAUCCACCGUAACGUCCUCUUCUUGGUGCUUUUCGUUAUGUAUACCCUAGCAACGGUGCAUCUCGCCUUCCGUUGGAAGCUAGUAAGAUCGGCAUUCGUUGUCUACGGGCCAGAACACUUGUACGUGUACAUGGCCCUCGCCUCCCGCAAUACUCUCCCUGCUCGAGCUACAUACUCUGUAACAUCGAGCGUGAACAUCCUGAUAGCGAAUGGUAUCAUGAUUUGGCGAUGUUGGACCUUCUGGGGCCACAAAUGGCGGAUGAUCAUCUUACCCGUUCUCUGUACCAUCGGCGGCACAAUCUUCAACAUCCUCUACAUCUUACAGAACCUCGACGCCCUCGGAACACAUCCAUUCCAAGACGUUAUAGGCGGCACCGACUGGGCGAUAGCAUACUAUUCCAUGACCCUCAGCACGACAAUCAUAUGCACGACUCUAAUCCUCUAUCCGAUGCUGACCACUGAAGCCCCGAGUGGGCCGAAGACCAAUUUAUACACCUACCACCGAGUCAUAGCGAUUCUCAUCGAGUCGUCAGCGCUCUAUGCACUCACGCUCAUCCUCCUCCUCAUUUAUCUCGUACGGGACGAUCUGACGGCGCCAUAUCCACAAGUGAUACUUUCAUCCGUCACCGGAAUCGCUCCAACUCUCAUCGUCGCUAGAGUUGCUUUGGGACAGGCUCGUCCAGAGGAUCCGCGUCGAUCAGUGAUGACGCGAGGAUCUUCAGUUUACUUGCAUCCAGCCCGUGUUCCAAUGCAAACCAACUCGUUUAGAUCUAGAGAGCCGCUAUCAAGUUCCGCUCUUGGUGAUAAAAGCGACGAUACACUCUCGUAAUAUGUUAUUUUCCACCCGACUUUGUGAAGUCUUCAUGAUACCAAUUCUCGUCGAACAAUGCUU